AUGGCUCGGGUCAUGCCCAUCGUCGUCGUCGACGAUAGCGACCUCUCCGACCUGUCCGACGUCGGAACGCCUCCUCCCGCUCCGACACCCAAAGCGCCAUCUCCGAACAGCAAGAAACGAUCCAACCCCGACUCAUCCGGCCUCGACUCUCGGACUGUGACUGUUGCCACGAACCCGGCACCUGCACCGUCCAAAAAGCCCAGACCGUCGUCGGCGACGAACGGCGCAAAGGAGCCUCAGCAAAGGACGCUUGCUGCCCUAUUCGGCAGACCAGAACUGAAGCAGACGGUCCCCAAGCCCAAGGCAAAGUCGACCGGCAAGAAAAACUACCCCUCAACCUCGAGCAGCAGCCCCUCGCAGCAGCCGCAUGCCUCCAAGGUCUCAACGGCUCCCUCCACGAGCCCGCACCUCGACUCAGGCGGCGAGGGCAAGCCUUCGACCGUGAGCGAGCACAAGCUCUGCCACCAUCAUCGACGCCAGUGCACCAACACCCCACUGCUCCAGUGCACGUUCCUACGCAACGGCAACCGAUGCCAGCUCAAAUACUGUCACUCGGCACUGCAGCACAACUACGGCGUGGAUGCAGCUUCCAUUGUCAAAAACGGCAGAUUCAUGGUCGACGAGUCCCAGCACUGCCCCCCGUCAGAGGCAAAAUACGCCUUCAAAUGCCCGCGCUGCCGCGACAAGUGCGCCUGCUCUCCGUGUCGCAAGAAGAAAGGCCUUCUGCCGCUGGCCAAGGUCGCAAGCCUGGCCAAGGCGCAAGGCAGCGGUCCCGCAACAGACAUCCUUGCCAACAAAGCGAAAGGCAAGGACAAAGCGAAAACCGAAGCAAGCGGCGCCAGCCCGCGUCCAGGAGAAGCGAGCAAGGCGAAGGGCAAGCGCAAGGCCGACGACAUCACGACGCCGCCUCCUGAUGUCAAGCCAAAGCAGAACAGGCUGACGGCCGGUACGCAGACCAGAGCGGUCCAGCCGCGUGUCCUCAAGCCGCCGCAGCCUGUCAGUGCGCCCACACUAGAGACCAUCAUCAGCAGGCUGCCCCCCGAGAACCUGCGCGCCAGGAUGUGGCUGUAUGAGAGUUUCGUCCGCUUCGACAAGAUCGGCCUUCCAAAGACGGAGCUCAACCACCUCGAUCGGUUCGACGCUUGGUCCCACGCGAGGGUUCAAGAGAUGCUCUCGACGCUUUUGCGCUACCUUGCUGGGCUGCAACACAUCGACAAGGGACAGCCGACCAAGAACACGACAAAGGCAGUGCUUGCAUACCGCCACUUCGGUCACGAUCUCAGUCGCGGAGAACCGUGGUCGGCCGUCAGAGAAAUGCUGGCCCGCUUUGGGCUGGAGCCACAGAGCCUGCCCUACGUCGAGCAUCCUCUGUCACUCGAGCUCGAGAAUCGUCCCGCUUCGCCACCGCCGCCCAGGCAGACUCGAAACCGGGCGGCCAGGGGAGCCCGUCAGGUCGACUAUUCUCGGCAACUCGGCAUGCUCAAGGACUGGGAGGAGGAUUUUGGCGAGGAAGGCGACUCUGAUGUUCCCCCAGGCACCGAAAAGGGAAGACGACGCCCCGCUCGAAGGAUCGCAAGCGAAUCCGACGACGAGUCCGAGGAGGUCGAGUCCGGUGCCGAGAGCGACGAUACGGAACGCGAGUCCGGUAGUCGCUCUUCGCGCCGUCAGCAGCAGGAGAAGGGCCAGGAUGAAGCGGCUGCGCGGCGGCCUCGAGAUGCUUCAGCGGAGUCCGAGGCGAGACACGACGCCCCCGACAUGGAGACCAAAGUGGCCUUGCUCGCGUGCAUGGUCGAUGCCGCCCUGAUGACCGAGGAGAUCGGUGAAGAACUCAAACUUGCCACCGAUGAGAUUGCCGUCCUCGAGAGGCAGCACAAGGCGGACAUGGCCAUUACGGAGAAGGAGCUUGCCGAGGAGACGGCCGAGUUGAACAAGCGGGCACCCUCGCUCAUCGCCCCCGAAUUCCAAGCCUGGAAGAACGAGAAGGUCGAACACGACAGGGACGUCAAAUGGCGCAGAUUGGAUGCCAAGGUCUUUCACGAGAUCCAGGUCGAUGCGCAUGCUCUGCGAACCGGUCCCAUUGGCUACGACGCCGAUGGCAGAGAGUACUGGCAUCUAAGAGAAUACCAAGAGCAUAUGCCGCGCCAGACGGAAGGCAGGUACUCUUGGUGCCUCAUUGUCCUGGGUGUGACCUUCCCGUCAUCAGCCCCGGCAUCUGCGGAUGCAAGUCUGGACGCCGCCGGCACAGCCGAUACGUCGACUCAGGCGGGAGGCACUGCAAGCGAGCCGACGGCCGUGGACAAGGCAGACGCGGACAGGCAGGCGACCCCAAGCAAGCCGGGUUGUACGCCACCAGCCGCCGCCUCUUCAGUCAAGCAACAAGGCGACAGUGCCGGUGCAGCCUCAUCGGGCAAGGAAAGGCGAGCCGACAACGGUCCCGCAUCGUCGACUGAUCCGAUCUGCAUGGGCACUAACGACCCUGCCGUCAUCACCAAGCUGAUGCAGUACGUCCGCUACCGAGACGAGCAAAAGCAGUACGAGGAGAACCACGAGAUGCAGCAGCGGGAGCUGGAGCAGGCCGUCAUGGGCCAAUCCCCGGAAAACAUCGGAGCCGACACCAAGUCGACGGCUCAGGGUCCGGGCCUGAGGAAGGCAAAGCAGCUGAUGAAGGAGAAGCAGGAGGAAAGAAAGGCCCAGACCGAGAUGCUCCUCAAGAAGCUGGCCAAAGCUCGCGACUACUUUGCCUGGCACCGCGAGGAGGUUCCACCCUGA